CCUAAGGAGCAGCAGAUGGGAAUCCCAAAUCAAGACCUAUCAUGCCCUAUUCCCCUUCAGUCCCCGCCAGGUAAGGUGGAAGCUGCAGUGAUGGCUGCCAUCGAUGCUGGGUACCGCCACUUUGACUGUGCCUACGUGUACCAGAAUGAGAAGGAAGUUGGGGAGGGGAUCCAGGAGAAAAUCAAGGAAGGUGUUGUUAAACGAAGUGACCUCUUCAUUGUCAGUAAGCUAUGGUGUACGUUUCAUGACAAACCUCUGGUGAAGGGAGCCUGCCAGAAGACUCUUGCUGACCUGAAACUGGAUUACCUGGAUCUCUACCUCAUGCACUGGCCUUUUGGUUUGAAGGCAGGAGAGGAGCUGUUUCCCACAGAUGACAAAGGCAUGUCUAUACCCAGCAACACAGAUAUUCUACAUACAUGGGAGGCCAUGGAAGAGCUGGUGGAUGCUGGUCUGGUAAAAGCCAUUGGCAUCUCAAACUUUAACCGUGAGCAGACUGAAAGAAUCUUGAACAAGCCAGGACUGAAGCAUAAGCCUGCAAAUAACCAGAUCGAAUGUCAUCCGUACCUCACCCAGGAGAAGCUGAUCAACUAUUGCCAAUCCAAAGGGAUCACUGUGACAGCGUACUGUCCCCUUGGACGCCCUGACAGGACUAAUCCAGAGGAACCUUCCCUUCUGGAUGACCCCAAGAUCAAAGACAUUGCAGCCAAGCACAAUAAAACCCCAGCACAGGUUCUCCUUCGCUUCCAGAUUCAGAGAAAUGUGAUUGCAAUUCCCAAAUCUGUCACACCACAGCGUAUUGUGGAGAACUUCAAGGUGUUUGACUUUGAAUUGACCAAAGAGGAGAUGGCAGCUCUUCUCAGCUUAAACAGAAACUGGAGAGUCUGUGCAAUGAUCACGUGCAAAACCCACAAGGAGUACCCUUUCAAUGCAGAAUACUGAAGAUAAUUCUAUCCUGCCCUCCUGCAGGCCUCUGGGGUCUGAGCUUCUAGCGUUGCCUAGAGUUGUCCACUAUGUAGCUUGCACACUGUGUAUCUCCUGCCAGCAAAGGCACAGUAUAUGUAUUCAGUGACUUUGGGUUUUUCUUCUUUGGUGGAAGGAAAUAGUAAAAUUGUUCUGAAGAACAAAAUAUGGGCUAUAAUAAUUCUCAUUAGAUGAGUGUCUCUGCAUGGCUGAAAUCACAAAUAAGAAAACAUGAGGAAUGAACUAGCAACUGAUAUUUUUUUUAAUCUUCUGUCUUGCCACUUAGGGCUGCAGGUUAAGGAUAUGUUAGCACAGAAGAAAGAUCCAUCCUAAAAGAAUGAACUACAUAAUAAUAGAUAAUUGAGGAUAAAGACAACAGUUAACUUUCCUUUUAGAUCAUAGCCCAAAGCUUUCUGGGAAAGAAUAAAUGGGAGAAAUGUCCAGACCUAUAGACACAUACCAACUCACACUGGUCCUUAUUUCAGUCGCAUUCUUUUACAGGCUUAAACUGGGCAGAGAUUGUGUUCAAUUUUAUUCUUAUCCAAAAUAAAAGAUGUUUAAUUAC